UCGGAAUCACGAAAAAGAGGAUCUCGUUAAGCUUCGCAGCUGAGCUCAAACUUUCCGGGAAAGUGAAGCAGAAAAAGAAGAGUGGAAAGUUCAAUGGGUAUUGCGGCGGCUAUCGGAGUACUCUCACCGUUUCCGUUCUACUUCUGGCUAUGGAAUUGGCCGCAGUCAUGGGUGGACCUUUGUGGGAAAGGGCGGGACCCAUCUAAAGUGAUGGCUUACGUCUCUCAUUUCUUCAAGCUAGUCCAGUUCAUCUCCCUCUUCUCUGUUUCUUCUUUCCAUUGGCCUCCUCCUCUCUAUUUCUGGCCACUUUUUGCCUUUGGCCAGUUUCUCAACUUCAAGGUUUAUCAGCUGCUUGGUGAGGCUGGAACAUACUAUGGUGUCCGCUUUGGAAAAGAGGUUCCUUGGGUAACAGAAUUCCCAUUCGGUGUCAUCAAAGAUCCUCAAUAUGUUGGCAGCAUUUUGAGCCUUCUUGCAUGUCUUUCCUGGGUUCCAUUUCAAUAUAUUCUCCUCUGGGUUUUAGGAUACUUAUUUAUGAUUCAAGUGGAGUCCAAAGAAGAUCCAUCCACUCGUGCCAAGCCACGUCUUUGAUAUUUCCCCUCUUCUUUUCUAUUUUGGUGACAUUUCUGCUCUGAUAAACAUGAUUCUUCAUAAUAAACUUAAGUAUGUAGUGAGUUUCCGUGGUGCUGUUUCAGAUAAAUUGCCUUGAUGUUCCUUCAAAUUUACUACUCUCUCGUGCAUCACUCGUUUCAAGCAUGUCAGAAGCAUUGAUUAUUCACAUAUCAGAACUUUCAGUGAUUGCCAUGUGAAAGUGAGGGAGAAACUAAUUCCACCACAUGCCAGUGCAGAAUUGAAUUCUCCUGCAA